AGCAGCUCUACAAAAAUGUCUGGACACGGCUACCAACCGCCAUAUUACGGAGGCUACCGUCCACAGCCGCCGACUGUUGCCUAUGUACCAACCCCAGUGAUGAUGCCGGCAGUGCCUGCUUACCACCCACCACCUCCAGGUCCUGAGCAUUACCAGCCGACCUACGUCACUAACUACAUUUACAAUCAGCCUGCUGAUCCUGUGCAGGUUGUUGACCACGCUCCAAUUCCCCAGCCUCUACCGGAUCCCAUAGAGUGGGUUCCUUCCAGCCCUCACACAGCCCAGAGCCUUUCCCAUCGCGCAGUGGUAGCAGGCAAGGAAGGAUGGGACAGCAGCCCUCUAUGGGUUAUCAGAGCUCAUCAUAGUGGGGACCUUAUCCCUGGUAAACUUGCCAUCAAACAUAAACAUGCAUUUAUUCCUUUCGGAGGCAAUGAAUUGACUGUUCACAACUUCGAGGUGUUGUGUGCCCCACCUCAUUUAAUACGCUGGUUACCAGCUAGCAAUGGCCAAGCCCCCGCUGGAGCUAUUCCCGGUGGUAACACUCAUACUGGAGAAACACUGUACAUUGGCAGGGCGAAACAUUUGCGCUCUCUUACACCUGGAAAGGUUCAUCCCAGCCAUGGUUGCAUGUAUAUGUCAUUCGGUGGCAAAGAAGUGCGUCACACACAGUAUGAAGUUCUCUGCAAUAUAAUAUAGAUUUAUUAAAAAAAAAAUUAUUUCCCAUGUUUCUUGUCGUUAAUGUGUUACUACGUUUUUAUUGUGGUGAAUUCCUCCGAGACAACAGUAAAUUAUCAGUACGCAAUAAACAUAAUACUUACGUCCAAAGAACUGUUCUGUUCUUG